AUGAGUGGUGUUUCGCUCCCCAAGGCGUACUUCAUCGCCAUGUUCUGUGAGGCGAUCUUGCACGGGAUGUACACCGUGCUUGCCGGCGGGGCCCUCUACCUCCUGCUCCGCAAAUCACGCAAGCAGAGGAUGGCGCGGACGAACCUGGUCAUGACCGCGCUGACCGUGCUCAUGUACUGCAUGUCCACCGUCCACGUCGCGAUGGCCCUCCGCGUCGACCUCAUGGCGUUCUUCGACCAGCACGCGAUCGAAGGCGGCCUCUCCAUCCUCGAAGAGCAGGGGGACCCGCUCAUCUGGGGCCAGAUCUGCUUGGAGCUCAUCAACUGCUUGUUGGGGGACUCGAUCGUGUGCUGGAGGACGUGGGUGCUUUGGGGCGGGGACUGGCGCAUCCUCGUCUUCCCGGUUGCGUGCAUCACUGGUGGUGUCGCGUCGGGGAUCGGGAUGACCGUCGCACUGUCGCGCUCACCGGCGGGCGGCGGGCUCUUCGUCGGCAGCAUCACCACUUGGUUCGCGUUCUUCGGCGCACUCUCCUUCGUCGCCAACAUGUACUCGGUGGUGAUGAUCUCCUGGAAAGCUUGGAAGAACCUGCGCGUGAUGAAGAACAUGAACGCCAGCGUGACGGGGGGCGGGAAGUACUACAGCGCGCUCCUGCUCAUCAUCGAGUCCGGCGCGACCUACUGCAUCGCCGUGGUCGUCACCAUCGUGCUCUUCCUCGGGAACAACAACGGGGUCUACGUCAUCGCAGACAUGCUCAACCACCUCACGGGAAUAUACCCGACGAUCAUCAUCGUCCUCGUCUGUCUCAAGAUCACGUUCCACGACGACAUGACGCGCGCGGAGAUGCAGUCGAGGGCGCGCGCGGACGCGUGGGCGGACCCGCGGCGCGCCGAGCUGGACGCGGCGCUCAGCUGGCGCGUCGCGGGCAACAGUCGCGACGAGAACGGGACGGACACGUUCGCGAGCGAGCGGACGGCGGGCUCGCUGAAGCCAAAACUUGCGGCGAAGACGGACGAGGGGAUGCGAGGGGAUGCGAUGCGGUACGAGGGAGGGGACACGGAGAAAGGGGGCGACGUACUGGAGAUGCGGGAGGCCGCCCACGCGCGGAGGUCGCACGGACCCGCAGAGGAUAUGGUGUGA